AUGGCCGAUUCAACCAAACCCACCACCGCCGUCGCCGCCGCGAAGCCCUACAACCCCUACCAAGACCUCGACGCUCCGAUCAAGAAGCUCUACUACCUCCCAACCUCGCCGGAGCACCUCUAUCCCGAAAAAGCUCCAAAACCCUACCGUCCCUUUGGAGACAACCUCGUGAGUUGCACCGGCAUUUGCUACCUCUCAGGCCGGACCGCCGGACUCGUCCACGGCGGUGUUCGGGGACUCAAGGCCGCCGGCGCCGGCGAGACUCGGAGGGUUAGAAUGAGCAGGGCUUUGAGCUCCGGGGGCGAGUUGGGUCGGAGGUACUCGAACGCUAUGGGGAUUGUUGGGUUGUAUUUCUCUGUGAUUGAGGGUUGGAUUAACUGUUACAGGGGUAAAGAUGGGAUCUUGAACACUGGUGUUGCUGGAUUUGGGGCUGGGGUGGUGUACAAGGCGGCGCGUGGGCCGAGGGCGGCGGCGCUUGCGGGGGUGAUCGGUGGUGCUGCGGCUGUGGCGGCGGUUUCGGGGAAAAUGGCGGUGAAGACUUAUGUGGGAGAAUUGGGUAUUUGGGGGUUUUGA